UUCACCAUGUUAGCCAGGAUGGUCCCGAUCUCCUGACCUCGUGAUCCGCCCGUCUCGGCCUCCCAAAGUGCUGGGAUUACAGGCUUGAGCCACCGCGCCCGGCUUGCCUCAUGUAUCUUACACGUUGUGCUGGAUAAGCUAGCAGCGCAGGUAUAAAAGGGCUCAGACAAAACAAGGCCCAAGAAAAGCCUGCUGUCUGUGGCUGAAAGACCAGGAAAGGGGCAGCCUACGUAGCGGAGAACUUUUCAACGGUGAGUGCUUUCCUUCAGCUAAAUAUCGCAGGAAACACUGCAGCACCACCCUCACCCUGCUAAUCAGGGGUUGGGCAGGUACUUCAGAUUCCUACUCAUGACAAGCUGGGAUGAGAUGCUCUUCUCUGCAGGGUUGCUGUCAGAGAAGGCUGGCUGAGGAGUUGGGGUUUUACUUCUGGGUGGUGACAGAGCACAGCCUCCCUCCUGCUAGGAUGUCAUAAGAGGGACCUUGCAAAACUCAGGAACUUUACUGCUGCCCUGUGGUCAUGAGGCCACCCCUCCGUGGUGUGGGGGAGACUGUGUAGGGAGCAGCAGGGAGGCAGCCCUGACUCAGCCUUGGUGGUGGGAGUGGAGGUUUGGGAGGAGGCUGAACUUCCCUUCUCAUGCAGGGGUCCGUGGAGGCUGAGUGGGAAUCUCAACUUCCACCUCACUGUCCACAUCCACCUGGCAGAGGCCUGCUCUAACAGAAGACUUACAUCAGAUCCUGAGUCUGAUACCAAGAUUUCAGUGGAAAAUCACGUAAAGUAUAAACAUCUUACUUUCCUCCAUGCUUCUUUACCUUCCCCAUUUAUAACGUAAUCAUAAGUAUUUCCUCCAUAUACACUGAGAACCACACCACAGUUAUGGACAAACCUCACCACACUGAUAGGAAAAUAUCAACCUCAAUAAGAAAAGACCACUGAUGCCAACGUGGAGAUGACACAGACUUUAGAAUUAUUUAACAAGGACCUUAAAGCAGCGAUCGUAAAUAUGUUUCAAUAACCAAGUAACAUUCGAGACAAAUGACAAAUAGCCUCAGGAAGAAAAUACAGGAUGUACAAAGGAAACACAACAUUUUAGAAGGGAAAAAUAGAAUACGUGAAAUAAGUUCCGUGGAUGGCUCAGCAGCAGAAAGGAGAGGAAAGAGAAAAGAAGCUGUCAGUUUGAAGACAGAACAACCGAAGUUACCCAGUCUGAACAGCAGAGAGAAAAUAGACUGGAAAAAAACUCAAGAAGCAGCAUAAGCCCAAAGAAGAUAAACACAAAGAUGCUAAGACACAUCCAGGCAAACUUCUGAAAACUGAAGACAGAAGAGUGCUUAUUGCAGGAGUGACCAGGACACUACCUUCUAGAAGUAAUGCCCACAGAAAGCGCAAGUUGUUCGACUGCUCGCCAAGCAAAACAGAAGCGCAAAUCCCAUAGCCUUUCUAUACGAAGAACUAACAGCUCGGAGCAGGAGAGGACGGGACUGCCAAGAGACAUGUUAGAAGGACAAGAUUCUAAACUGCCUUCCUCAGUUCGCAGUACACUUCUGGAACUGUUUGGCCAAAUAGAAAGAGAAUUUGAAAACCUUUAUAUUGAAAACUUAGAAUUACGUAGAGAAAUCGACACUCUUAAUGAACGUUUAGCUGCUGAAGGACAAGCGAUUGAUGGAGCAGAGCUGACUAAGGGCCAACUCAAAACAAAAGCCAGUCACAGCACCAGCCAGCUCUCCCAGAAACUGAAGACCACUUACAAGGCUUCCACCAGCAAGAUUGUCUCCAGCUUUAAGACCACGACAUCGCGAGCUGCCUGCCAGCUCGUGAAGGAGUACAUCGGCCACCGGGACGGCAUCUGGGAUGUCAGCGUGGCCAGGACACAGCCAGUGGUGCUCGGGACUGCGUCGGCCGAUCACACGGCUUUGCUGUGGAGCAUAGAGACAGGGAAGUGCCUAGUCAAGUACGCAGGCCACGUGGGCUCAGUAAAUUCUAUCAAAUUUCAUCCCUCAGAGCAGUUGGCUCUCACUGCUUCUGGAGAUCAGACUGCUCAUAUCUGGAGAUACGCGGUGCAGCUGCCGACACCCCAGCCUGUCGCUGACACUAGUCAGAUAUCUGGGGAAGAUGAAGUAGAGUGCUCUGACAAGGAUGAGCCCGACAUCGAUGGGGACGUGUCCAGCGACUGCCCCACCAUCCGCGUCCCGCUGACAUCCCUCAAGAGCCACCAGGGCGUGGUCAUCGCCGCUGACUGGCUGGUUGGGGGAAAGCAGGCUGUGACUGCCUCCUGGGACCGGACGGCAAACCUGUACGAUGUGGAGACGUCUGAGCUCGUUCACUCUCUGACAGGGCAUGACCAGGAGUUGACGCACUGCUGCACACACCCUACCCAGCGGCUCGUGGUGACCUCUUCCCGUGACACGACUUUCCGCCUCUGGGAUUUCAGGGACCCCUCCAUCCACUCGGUGAAUGUUUUCCAGGGACACACGGACACUGUGACCUCUGCUGUGUUCACCGUGGGAGACAACGUGGUUUCAGGCAGCGAUGACCGCACGGUGAAAGUCUGGGACUUGAAAAAUAUGAGAUCCCCCAUUGCAACUAUUCGCACGGACUCUGCCAUUAACAGGAUCAAUGUAUGUGUCGGCCAAAAAAUCAUAGCCCUCCCCCAUGACAACCGACAAGUGAGACUGUUUGAUAUGUCAGGAGUGCGCCUGGCACGGCUUCCCCGGAGCAGCCGCCAGGGCCACAGGAGAAUGGUGUGCUGCUCAGCAUGGAGUGAAGACCACCCCGUGUGCAAUCUGUUCACCUGUGGGUUUGACCGGCAAGCCAUUGGUUGGAACAUCAACAUCCCUGCAUUGCUACAAGAAAAAUAAGGACACCGGCAGUCCUUGGUUUCACUCUUUGCCAGCACAGACCUUUGAUGGGUGCGGGCUUUUCUUCAUAUUAAUCAGCCAUUUUUGUGAGAGUUUGACCCUGGGAAGGGUGCUUUGUAUAUGUUCUUUUCACAUAGUGCCCAGCUUGCAUGAAAUGUACAGAGAAAUGUGUGGUCGUAUUUUUUACUUUUGUCUUGUAUAUGUGUGUGUAUUGGGUCCUCUGGGCAGUAAAGGCAAAGCUCACCUCCCAUGUAGCACAUGAAAUGCUUGUGAGUUGUUGACAUUGAACAGGUGAACAGUAGGGCAUUACAUUUGUGUGAAUUAAAUGUGAACCUCUGUAUUACGUUGCGGCGUCGGCGGUCCUGCGUUCCCUGAAGUAACUGUAUGUAUCUGCCUGUGCUGGGAAGACUGUGGGGCUGCCUGUGUUGGCUGGUGACCAGCAGGAUCGCUCCGGGAUUUUGUGUUUACCUCGCGUGAAGUUCAGCACGUGCUAUCGUGUAGUCAGCUUCCACUCUGAUUUCUGUUACAGUUCUGCAAAGGUAACCUGGAGUUUAGAAGUUAAAAAAAAGCAUGGGAUGUUGGAUUUGCACCAUUUGGAGUUUCUUUAGGAAAGAAAAGUUUUCUGCUUUUUUAUAGAAAAUCAUUUCAAUCUCCUGAGCUCUCAUCCUAGCAAAUUUUGAAAUAGGAUUCUAAUCACCGAUUUCAAAUAUUAAGCAAAAUGUAAAGCACUUUAAUUUAUAGCUAUGGUUAUAAACAGGCUUUAGAUGUUUCAAAUGACUUGUCCAUUGAAUGUGACUUGACUUUGAUAAGAGGCCCUGCCGCCUGCACACAGAGCCCAGUUAAUUCUCCGCACCUCGGUCGUGUGCUUCCAAAUGGGCUCACUCCCGUGGUGGUGUUUGAGAGCCAACAACACUACCUCAGAGACGGGUCUUUGGGAAACUUUGGGUCUCACUGUUGCCUGGCUGGAGCACUUUGGUUUAUAGCUGGAAUACUGAGUUCCGUUCAGAAGGCAGGAAAGACAGUCACACCGACGUGUCCUGAAGGUGUAGGCUCUCCACUUAGGAGCACAAGCUGAUGGCCACAGCCAGCAGGCCCCGGUGACGAGACACUUCCAGCCCCCAUGGUGGGGACGCCUCUCAGUGCCAGUCCCGCUAUGGCUGAGGUAGCCUGGUGUUCUUGCCUUCUUGGAAAUUACUGCUCGCUUGGUAUCUGUACGUUAAUGUUUCUUGCUGAGUUACGGUUUUGAUAAAGAGGCUCUCAUUUCUUGCCUCUUGUAUAUUCAGUCCUUUCAAUACGUCUACCUGGAGGCUCACCACUUGGAGAGACACAGGAAGGUAAUAUUUACAGCUGUCAUGUGACAUCCCAGGGUCUUUGUGUUUUGCCCCGUUUUACGGUAAGGUAGGAGGGAACCCGUCUGGUGACUGGUAGAUGCAGGUGCAUUAGGACGUGGGACUUUUGGACCCGUCCUUUGGUGCAGCUCGCCAGGGCUGAGAGGCGCCUCCCUACUUGGGUCUUUAGGAGCUGGCCCAAGGAACUUUGAAUCUAAGUCAUCUAGAAUGACUCUGAAAUGACUGACAGCCCGGGGCCCAAGAAUAACUGAUAACGACCUCAGAUGGAUCUGACGUGGCUGAGGGACAAACAGCAAAUAUUUCAGUCAUUUGAUUUUACAGAUAAAAAAUGUGUUGUGUUUUUGUCCGACAUUGUUUCCUGACUGCACUGUUCUGAGAAUGGAGCCUACCUGGUCCCUCUGGUUGAUUGGACUCUCAGGUUUCAGCUCCUGCUGUCCUGAGCGAACUUGCCUGAUGCAGGGCUGUGCUGUGUCCAGAUGUUGCUGGGGCCUCGCUUUUUCUCUUGGCCGGAGGUCUAAUUCCUAGAGCCUCCCGCACUGCACAUGCAAAGGUCUGAGCCCAGGGCAGCCUCUGGGGCCACUGCACAGGCCGCCUGCUUGGGUUCCUCGGGGUUUAAUUUGAAAGUCUGGGUGUUUUAGGAUGAUGGUUAGGAACAUUGAAAAAUGGCUGCAAAUAGCCAAAUCCAGAUCUCUGCCAGAUUAAACAUUUUUGAGGCUUUUAAAAAUCAAUAUUCCUAGUGGUCAUUGAGUUCCAGGUACACUGGUGCCCUUCACUGCCACAGCUGCUCACCUUCUCCAGCGAACUGGAGGGACCUCAGAAACUGGAUUCCUGCACGUCCUUCGGGGCGCAGCCCUGCGGUGCUCAGGCACAGCUCUCAGGAGUGGGGGCGCCUUGCUGUUCACUGCUGUGUCAUCUUCUAAUGUGAGCUCAUCCACUGCUGCUGCAGCGUGUUAAUCAGGAGUCACAGACAAGAUCGGGGAUGGUGCGUGUAUGUGCGUGUGCAUGUGUGUGUGACUAAAUUAAGUCAUACUGUCAACCACAUGUGAUCUCGUGUGAAACAGUGUUUGGAAGUGGGAACAGUUUUGUCCUGUAUGCUGAUGUGUCCAGAAUUUCAUUUAAUGAUAGACAGAAAAUGUGUGAUUACUGAAAAGUGUGUAUCGAUACAGAAUUUCUUAACAGCCAUGCUGUUGGGCAAAGCAACUGUUUUUCAACCACUGCUCAUCAGUUUCGGAAGAGACAAAAACUCUGUACAUAUUUUGGAAUCUGAAGGAUCCUAUAUAAAUCAUUUGUUACUUAAAUAUGUGAAAAACAUUUCUUUGGAGGAAAAUGUAUGCAUUUAUAAGUGUUCUGUGGAAUCAGUUUUUAUUGUAUUGAUAUAAUUGUCUCUAAGUGUUGAGUGUCUUCAUUGCAAUAUGAAAUUCAUUAAAAUGUCCAUGUUCCAUAAUUAUUAUUAUAAAAGCUUUGUGUUAUUGGGA